CGCCGCUGCUGCUGCUGCUGCCAGGGAGGCGGGAGGCCCGGGCCGCUCUGGAUGGUGGCGAAAAUGAUCAUAGAAAACUUCGAGGCGCUGAAAUCCUGGCUCAGCAAAACCUUGGAGCCCAUAUGUGAUGCAGAUCCAUCAGCCCUAGCUAAAUACGUUCUUGCCCUGGUAAAGAAGGAUAAAAGUGAGAAAGAGCUGAAGGCAUUAUGUGUUGAUCAGCUGGAUGUAUUUCUUCAAAAGGAGACCCAGAUAUUUGUUGAAAAACUUUUUGAUGCUGUGAAUACAAAGAGCUAUCUACCUCCGCCAGAGCAGCCAUCAUCAGGAAGCCUAAAAGUUGAAUUUUUUCAACACCAAGAAAAAGACACAAAAAAGGAAGAGAUAAUUAAAGAGGAAGAGCGAGAAAAAAAGUUUUCUAGAAGACUAAAUCACAGUCCCCCUCAGUCAAGCUCUCGGUACCGAGAAACUAGAAGCCGCGAGGAAAGAAAAAAAGAUGACCGUUCUCGCAAGAGAGAUUAUGACCGUAACCCUCCUAGACGGGAUUCAUAUAGAGACAGGUACAACCGAAGAAGAGGACGGAGUCGGAGCUACAGCAGGAGUCGAAGCAGAAGUUGGAGUAAGGAACGAUUGCGGGACCGGGAUAGGGACAGGACCAGGAGCAGAAGUAGAAGCAGAACACGAAGCAGAGAAAGAGAUUUGGGAAAGCCAAAAUAUGAUUUGGAUAGAACAGAUCCAUUAGAAAACAAUUAUACUCCAGUUCCGUCUGUAACAAACAUUUCAUCUGGCCAUUACCCUGUCCCCACACUGAGUAGCACUAUUACAGUUAUUGCUCCUACUCAUCAUGGUAAUAACACUACUGAAAGUUGGUCAGAGUUCCAUGAAGAACAGUUGGACCACAACUCAUAUGGAAGACCUCCACUGCCAAAGAAACGCUGCAGAGACUAUGAUGAAAAGGGUUUCUGUAUGAGAGGAGACAUGUGUCCCUUUGAUCAUGGAAGUGACCCAGUUGUUGUAGAAGAUGUGAAUCUUCCUGGCAUCCUGCCUUUUCCAGCACAGCCCCCUGUUGUUGAAGGACCACCUCCGCCUGGACUUCCUCCCCCGCCACCAAUUUUAAGUCCUCCACCUGUUAAUCUUAGACCGCCAGUGCCACCUCCAGGCCCUUUACCACCUAGUCUUCCACCUGUUACAGGACCACCUCCUCCACUUCCACCUUUACAACCUGCUGGCAUGGAUGCUCCUCCAAACUCAGCAACCAGUUCCGUUCCCACUGUUGUUACAACUGGUAUUCAUCACCAGCCACCUCCUGCUCCACCAUCACUGUUUGCAACAGAAACAUAUGACACAGAUGCCUAUAAUCCUGAAGCUCCAAGUAUAACGAACACUUCAAGGCCCAUGUACAGGCACAGAGUGCAUGCCCAAAGGCCUAAUUUGAUAGGACUUACAUCAGGUGAUAUGGAUCUGCCCCCCAGAGAAAAACCUCCGAAUAAAAAUAGUAUGAGGAUAGUGGUGGAUUCUGAGUCCAGGAAAAGAUCAAUUGGCGCAGGGGAUGGAGGAAUUCCUACAAAGAAGGCUUGGUUUGACAAGCAAAACUUUAACAGAACAAACAAUCCUGGUUUUCAGAAGAAGGUGCAGUUUGGAAAUGAGAAUACGAAGCUUGAAUUGAGGAAAGUUCCACCAGAACUUAACAAUAUCAGCAAACUUAAUGAGCACUUCAGCAAAUUUGGAAACUUAGUCAAUUUACAGGUUGCCUAUCAUGGUGAUCCAGAAGGUGCCCUUAUCCAGUUUGCCACCCACGAAGAAGCAAAGAAAGCUAUAUCAAGCACAGAAGCAGUAUUAAAUAAUCGCUUUAUUAAAGUCUAUUGGCAUCGAGAAGGCAGUGCUCCACAAAUGUCAGCUCCCAUGCAGAAGGUAAUACAGCCUUUAGUUCAGCAACCCAGUUUACCAGUAGUGAAGCAGUCGGUCAAAGAGCGAUUAGGUCCUGUACCGGCAAGUAAUAUUGAGCCUGCAGAGGCUCAGAGUGCCAGUACAGAAGUUGCUCAGAAUGUGACUAAAUUAUCGGUGAAAGAUAGGCUGGGUUUCGUGUCAAAACUGCCUGCUCCAGCAACAGAGAAGGUAUUGUCCACGUCUACUGGCUUGACAAAAACUGUAUACAAUCCUGCUGCUUUGAAGGCAGCACAGAAAUCUUUGCCUGUUGUUUCCACUUCCAUUCUAGAGUCCAAUGAAGCACAGAAGAAAAAACAGGAAACACUAAGACUUCAACAAGAUGUGAGAAAGAAAAAACAGGAGAUCUUAGAAAAGCACAUUGAAACACAAAAGAUGCUGAUUUCAAAGCUGGAGAGGAAUAAACCUAUGAUGAAGUCAGAAGACAAGGCAGAAAUAAUGAAAACUCUGGAGACUUUGACUAAUAGCAUUACCAAGUUAAAGGAUGAAUUAAAAGGUGUCUCAUCUGGAGGUGCUCCUCUGAAAAGCUUGAAAACUAAGGCUCAGAUGCAGAAAGAAUUACUGGAUACUGAGCUUGAUUUGUACAAGAAGAUGCAGGCUGGUGAAGAAGUGGCUGAACUAAGAAGAAAGUACACAGAACUGCAGCUUGAAGCUGCAAAACGAGGGAUUCUUUCUUCAGGUCGUGGUAGAGGAAUUAAUGCACGAGGUCGGGGUGCAUCACGUAGCAGAGGCAGAGGAAUACGAGGCCGGGGUCGCGGAAGAGGGGUUCCAGUUCAUGCAGUAGUGGAUCAUCGACCGAGGGCGCUGGAGAUUUCUGCAUUCACAGAAAGUGAUAGAGAAGAUCUUCUUCCUCAUUUUGCGCAAUAUGGUGAAAUUGAAGAUUGCCAGAUAGACGACUCUUCUCUCCAUGCAGUGAUUACUUUUAAGACUAGAGCAGAAGCUGAAGCUGCUGCUGUUCACGGAUCUCGAUUCAAAGGACAGGAUUUGAAGUUGGCAUGGAAUAAGCCAGUUAUUAAUAUGUCUGCUGUUGAAACAGAAGAAGCUGAACCAGAUGAAGAGGAAUUUCAGGAAGAAUCCUUGGUGGAUGACUCAUUGCUUCAAGAUGAUGAUGAAGAGGAAGAGGAUAAUGAAUCUCGUUCAUGGAGAAGAUGAUUCAACUGAUCAGAGAAAGUGCUGGAACUGUACCUACAUUGCAUUAGUAUUACCUAAUGUACUUUUGCUUGUUUGUACUAAAAGGUUUUUGGGUAAAUGUGAUGAAGUUGGAUUUCAGAAAUAGACUAAAAAGCAGCUGAUCAAUCCUGUAUUUUGCCAGAUUCAUGUUUGAGUUGUUUCAGUAAAUGAUUGCUAAAGACAUCUUAUUAGGAACAUAUGCAAUGUUUUUAUUACAUACUUCUCCUGAAAGUUAGAGAAUUCUUUGGAUUCUUUGUAAUUUAAUGAAUUGGUCAAAAAAAAGACCAAGAGUUGUUAUAACAUAGAUAAUUUUUGUUCUAUUCCAGAUAUGGAAUGAAAAUUUGCAUUUAAAAUCUUUGUGAAUGUUUUCAGAAAUGAAUAGAUAACAGUACUAAACUGAAGUCUCUAAAGUUAUGUAUUCAUAAUAUUGCAUAGUAGUAUGCUUAGGCUUUACUAUGUACUAGCCUUUUGUUGGAUUUGUGUACGUAUUUUACGUAUGGGUUUUAAUGAUACAGUGUAUGACUGCUUUGCAUAUAAGUCCUUAUGACUUUAAGAUGUUUAAAAAAAUAAAUAAAUGGAAUGGUCUUUAAAAAAAAAAAAAAGAAAAGAAAAAAAAAAAGAAAAAAAGCAAUAACCAAAAAAGCUAAGACAAUGGCCCUUGAAAAUGGAAAAAAAUAAAAAAGGAAAGAAGAAAGACCAUUCCAAAUGGUGACCUCCCCACCCCCACCCCCAUACUCACAAAAGGAGCUAUAAUCACUGUCUUUUUUUUUUUUUUUACAUCAACGUCCUAUUGAAUAUAUAAAAAAAACUAACAACUUGAAAUGUGAAGUCUCAUUUUUAGGUGAUAUACAAUUGUAUUUUAGUAUAUGGUUUUGCUGCAUAAAAGCCUUGGAAACCUAUUUUAAAUUUUAAAACUGAUAACAUAAUUUAAGUCAAACUGCUUCAAAUAGAAUAACAUUUAAUGAAUAAGAAGAACAUUUGUAUGCAUAUACUGUGGACCCACAGAAGAGAACUUGAUCCCACAAAGAUAUAUGCACUAAAGAAAUAUAACAGAAGAAUACAUUAAGAAAAGUGAAUGUACUUCUGAAGGGUGCCAGUUUGAAGGGUGCCAGACUGAAAUGUUGGAGACUGAAGAGUUGUGUUUUUCCACACAUCAGUUCUGCAAAUGAAUUUUGCUAGUAUGAAACACCAAGAAUAGUUGCCUUGUUUUUUCAAGUAAACUUUUGCCGACUUCUAAGGAAAAAGAUGUGUCAGGAUUUCGUUUUUCCAGUGGGCUUGUAAUGCUGAGAGCCUAUUGAUGUCUUUGGAACUGCGUAUUACCUGAUCCUGUAUUACUUUGUUACUGAUGUGGUCAUAUGUUCCUGACCUCCACCGUACGCCAAUAGAGUAAUUCAGCUUUUUGCCUUUCUCUGACCAAGGUUGUGCAAGGUUACAUCCUGCAAUGUUAGCUGCACAGGUGUAUGAACAGUAUAUUACCCUUUCCUAUCAGCAGGUGGAGAGACAUAAAAUUGAGGAAGUCAUUCUUAAGACUUUCUUCUUAAAAUAGAAAUCAUGUAUCUAUUGUAGCAGUUUCCCUCAUACUUCAGCCUUUUUGCGAUAUAUAUUGGAAAAAUGUUUCUCAUGAAGCCACUAAUAAUACGUACUUCAUUUAUUCAAUACAUUUUACAAAGACUAAUUCUCAGAACACCCGUCUGUUGUAGGUGCUGGCUUGCAUGUGAAUUUUUGUUGGAAGCUUGUCAGCAAUUUAUUUUCUUAUAAAAAGCAGAUCUGUUUAUAUCACCAAAUCUAUUAAGAAAAAGGAGGAUAUUAAACUAGAGGUAUAACCCCUCUUGAUAAGCAAUGGUAGGACUAUCUUUAACAGCUCACUUUGAAUAUUAGAUGUGAAAUCCACUUCAGUCAUUUGGAAGCUGGUUCUUUUCUGGUCUUGGAUGGGCAUCAAAGCAGUUCCUCUGUUUUAUCAAUAAAUGGUGACUCAUGCUUUUCAUAGGCUUCCAUAGUGCCCUUCUAACUGUAAAGGAAGAAGGAAGUACUAUCAAAUUUCUCCAAAAUGUUUUCCUAAUGAUCUUCAGCUAGAUGGAAGGUUGCUUUUCUCUGAGGCAAACUAAGCCUUCUCUCUAUACAAUAAUUUGCUUUUUACAAUCUAUGAAACUUGUCUUAUCUCACUAAAGACCACAAAUUAUUCUUCAAUUUAUAUAGACUUCCGUUUAAUAAAAAAAUAUUUGAGCCAAAUUCUGUUUUCUGUGUGUGGAAAUAGAAGACAUUUGACAAAUAUGUAUGUUGAUAUGCAGUCCAUUCAGAUUGCCUGUAAACGUCCAUAUUCUCAUGCCAAGAGAAUGCAUCAUCUUAAUUCACAUUCGCUAUAUGUGGGAUAUAGAAAAGUGCUGAAAUGCCUUAAGGGCACAAGAAUUCAUCCUGCAGAGCUUCUAAGUUCUGUGGGACAGUGCUAUAUAAAAGCUGGGAAAGUAUCAUUUCCAAUACAGCAUCCUGUUUUUAACAUGGGAAGAAUGUCCUUUCAAAGCAUUUUGAAGUCUCCUUCCUCUGAGGUUGUGAAACUUUUUUUUUUUUUUAAGGCUCAGAUAAGGCACAGUGUUUUCUCUUUUGAAUGCUAGAGGGCACUAUGGGUACACAAGUGAAACUGCCAAAAAUUGGAAGUAAUGUGCUGCCAUUUCAAGCUUUUCCUGCUCAUACAACUAUUUUCAGUUCUUGCAGAAGAUAGUAUCCAUCGCUACCAGGGCAACAGAAAUUCUAUUUUUGUGAAUGGACACUGGUUACACCUGCUUGUAUUUAAACACCAAUGAUCAAAUGUGGCCCUACACAUUUAAAUCUGGAUAAGAUUGAGAAGCAUUCCCAUCUUGCAGGAUGCCUAUUCUCCCCCCUCCCCACUCCCUGCCCUCUUCCUUUUUAUAAAUUAAUUUAUUGUAUUUUUCUGAAGAGACCAUGAUGAAAACUGCAGUAAGAUAAUAGGGUAGGCAAUUGCCUCCAGUUAGUCAAGGCUUUUUGUAAAGUAAUUAUUUAAUCUGCUGUAAGCCAGCCCUGGAAUUAGGUACAUAUGCAGUGAGUGCAGAACUAAAAGUCACAUCCCAAUCAGAAGUACGAUCUGUCUGUAUGUGCAGUUUUGUUGUAGCCAUGUUGGUCUCAGGAUAUUAGAGAAUCAAAGUGGAUGAGGUAAUAUCUUUAAUUGGACCAACUUCUGUUGGUGAGAGAGACAAGCUUUUGAGUUUACACAGAGCUCUUCAUCAGCUCUGGGGAAUGUGCUCAGGACCACAGCUAAUAUAAGGUGGAACAGAUUGUUCGGCAUAAGUAGUUAACGCACAUUUCAAGGGAUCAUUCUAGGUGAAGUGGCCAGUUAACAUCUCUCCAGUCAGAGGGGAGAAAGGAGAUAAAGGAUGCGGGGAAGGCUGGGAAGGGAGAUUAUAGAUUGUAAUAAACCAUAAAUCCAGUGUCUUUAUUCGAUCUAUGAUUUUUAGUGGCUAGCAAAGUUAUGAAUUUAGGCUCCCUUGCUCAUCUUUUGAAGGUGUGCAGGUUUCUUUUGAGGAUAAGCACUGAGAGAUCACAUAUACAUUGCUUUGUGAAAAGUGUUUUUAUAAACCACGCAGAAGAAACAACAAGCCAGGCUACUAAUAUAGGUAUAAAGGAAAUUUCCAUCAACGUGAUCUUAGUUUUGUGGCAGACUGAUAUUUCUAAUGCUUUGGUUUAUUCUCUAGCUCCACCUGGUUUCAGGAACCCUACAUGCUGGGACUGGUACAAAGCAAUUUACAGGAACCAAAUUUUCAGGUAUAAAAUACCCAUUUUUUGAGUAGAUGCAGCCUUGAAUUCCACUUAGGGGUGUGCGUGCCCAGUGCACCGGAGCUGGAGAAGUUUCUUAGCAGUACCUUUAAGAGGUAGUGCUUAUGCAUCAUGCUCAUAUACCCUCCUAUGGCUAUAUGAGGUGGUGCCACCUUGACCUCCCCUCAGUUUCUUACCCACUCAUGCCUGGAGUUGGAGCUCUCUAUAGUUCCUAACCUCACAAUCUCUAUUCCUUAGUGCCUUUUUUUGAACUGUAUAUAGUUCAUUAGUACCAUUAGUAUAGUAUUAGUUAAAUUUAGUUUAAGUAUUUCCCUGGUGAUGCCUCCACCAGGGUUUAAAUAUUGUCUGUCAUGUAGAGGAGUGAUCCCCAAUAACAAUCCCCACAUCAAGAGCAGUGUUCGAUUUGCAAAUUGUUCAUGAAAUGGAUUCAGGUAGUGAGGAAUCUUCCAUCUAAAGUAGCACCUUCUUGAACAGGCCAUGCUGUCUGCUUUGGCACCUGCAUAGGACUGGAGGUCACCCUCGAAUUCUGGGAGUGCUGCUGUUUUGUGCUCUGGCUCCAGCACCUCUCCGAAGAGAUGGAGUCAUUCCCUGUCGCGUGUGCCAAGGAAAAAGUUUCAUAAGACCAACUGAAGCCGCCCAGGUUGUGUGGGGACUUGUCUGCCUCCUCCAGAAGGAGUGUAGAAUGGAACAAUGUGAAUGCUGACACACAGGCUGGAACAGGUCCUGUUAACCGCUGCCCCAGUACUGGGGAGAUGGGAGGAGGGCAAGACCCUGCUUUGUCGAUUCUGGUUCUGGCCCUGGGGUGUCCGUUGAGUUCAGUACCAAUGAGAGUGAUGCCAGCACUGGCUAUUUCUGUGCCAGCAGUGUAUCAGGAGGCAAUGGACCUGCUUUUCUGUCCUGACCCCUCCCUGGGUCCAGGACUUUUCCAGGGCAGUGUCUUUUGUAGUGCCAUUGUCUGGAUGGACUUCUGAACCAGGGGUCUGUUGGCACUGCACACCAGUGUUUCCCUUCCAGUCAGUGAAAGUGGCACCGAUGCCAGGCCCAAGGGACCACUUUAGCACUGGCAACUUCCUCAGCACCCUGCAGUUUGCGCUGCUGAUGUUACUGUGACAGCACUCACCUCUCUCCAUUUUGACAUCAUCAGUCACGUCAGUACCACUGCUGAUUUCGGAGUCAACUGCUUCUGGCACCAAAAACAAUGGAUGUGUACUUGGUGCCGGCAGUACCGGUUCCACUAUCAGUGCCAGUUCUCUCCAUUCUAGGCUAUGGAUGAGGUAGACCAGUUGCUCAUAGCCUCAGAGCUGGCUCCAUCUUUUAUUCUCUGAAGCAUGGGGCUCCCUGUGUCCAGGUUGGGAUCUUCUUCCUCCUGCUCUCUCAUCACCUGACUCACAUUGAGGACUAUUCAUGGAGCUCUGUGAGUACCAGCAUUGGCAGUCAUCUAGCAUUCCCAGCAGGGGUCCCUGGCCGAGUGCCUAAUGGCCACUAAUGCCCAAUCCAUUCUAGUGAUUUCCAUGGCAUCUAGGGGGAUGCUCCUUGGUCAUGGAAGUCCCACUCCUCAGCUUGCUCUUAGGCGGGAUCUCAGAGUAGGUCAGUUUGCUGCAGGCCCAAGCACUGGUGAACCUUCCUUUGUAGAAUCUUCAGAGUCUUCCUGUCCAGAUAUGUCAGUCCUGGACCAGGAUCCAGCUCUGGCACAGUUACUGCUUUGUCUUCAUCCCUAGAAAAUUCUGCAAUGCCUGGCUCUUCCUCUCGUUCAGUACAGGAGGGAUUUCAAGGCAUAUGAAGACCAUUUGCAGCAUGAGACUGCUUCCCUGAGUAUUCAAGUGGAAUUCCUGCAGGAGAAUACCCAUACAUUAUUGAAUAUCCUACAGCCAUCUGUCCGGGAGAGUCAUCCUCCCUAUUAACAAUAUGCUCCUACAGCCUGCUAAGGUUCUCUGGAGUACGGUGGCUUCAGUACCAUCUACUGUGAAGCAGUUGGAGAAACACUACUUGGGUCUGGUGCACCCAACCCCAGAUUCCUUGGUUGUAACAAUGAUGAACAAUAGAGCCCAGCAAUGAACAUUUAAAUCCACUCGUAAGUAUAAAGCCUCUAAACAGAUGAAACUUGAUCAGUAAGAAGAUGUACACCUCCUCUUCUUUUCAGGUGCAGAUUGUAAAUAACCAGGCAUUGCUAUCCAAACACAGCUUUGUGAACUGGACAGCAGUGUCUAACUUUGCAGACCAGCUGCCCAAAGCCUUGAGGGAGGAAUGGCUGCUUGGUGGCUAACGUCAUUGCAGUCCGCGCUGGACAUCAUGUAUACUUCGGCCAGAAUGAUGGCCUCAGCAGUGACCAAGAGAAAGGCACCCUGGCUGCAGAAUUUGAGCAUUGUUCCCAAUGUGCAGCAAGAUAGAUAGGAUUUGCCCUUUGAUGUCAGAGUGCAUUUUUUGGACAAGAUAGAUGAGACUGCAUUGCUUCAGGGAUUCUAGGGCUACCCUACAGUCCUUGGACGUGUCCAUGCAGGGAGUGCAGAGGUGCCACUGUAGUGGUCAGCAGCAUUAUGGUCUGCAGUGUACAUUUGGGCAGUCUUUCCCUCCCCCAAGACAAUUGAACUAUCCCAGAAAGGUGCAUAGGUCGCAGCUAAAGAGGCAUUUGGGUACAGGGUUUGGCCAGUUGACAUGCUUUCCCGCUGGCAUCCCCCAAGUGCCCAUUUUGAUUCCCUGAUCCAGAGCAGUGGUCUAGUCAUGGCUCCCUUUUCCCCAUCCCCUCCAUUUGGGGACAGGCUGGCUUGCUUGCUUUCACAGUGCUUGGGUCUCAACCACCCCGGACAGCUGGGUCCUAAAUACCAUCAGAUUGGGCUAUGCCAUCCAGUUCCUUUCCUUCCCUCCCUGUCCCUCUUCAGGGGCCCCUCUCAUGAGAUACUUCUCCUCAAGCAGGUCUGCUUUCUACUGGCUUUGGGAGCAGUGGAGGAGGUUCUGCUGGAACACCAGGGUCAGGGCUUCUAUUCCUGGUAUUUUCUGGUGUCCAAAUCCAAGGGAGGAGUAAGACCAAUUCUUGACCUUCAUGGCCUCAACAGAUGUAUCAGAUACAUGAGAUUCUGAAUGGUCACGCUAUUGACUGUCCUCACGACCUCAGAAUGAUUGUUUUGCUGUUCUGGGCCUUCAGGACACCUAUUUUCAUCCAGCCCUUACCAACCAGGUCUAUUGUCAUCAAUGCUUCUUUGAUGGGUUGGAGAGCACAUCUGGGGUUGCUGAAAGUUCAGGGUCAUGGUCAGAACAGGAGGCCUCACUGCAUGUCAACAUGCUGGAGCUUCAGGCCAUCCGCAAUGCCUGUCACAUUUCUCUGGACCAUAUUGGGCUCAGUGGUUCACAUACUUACCAUCAAUAUCACCAUGAUGUAUUAUGAAUAGGCAAAGGGGAGCAUACUACAGGGUUCUCUGCCAAGAGGCAAUCAGGUUGUGACAGUUCUAUGUCGAGGAAAAUAUCACUCUGAUAACUGAUCACUUGCUUGGGGUCUAGAAUCAUCUUAUGGACCAUCUCAGAAAGAACUUUUUCCUGAGUCAUAAAUGGUCUCUGAAGCCAAGUGUCCUCUGGGUCAUCUUGGGGUAUUCCGAUCGACCAGUUUGCUCCAAG